AGUGUGUGCGCGCGUUGUCCACCGUGUACCAGUCUGAGCGCACGGCGGAUCUCCUCACUUUGACCAGAACCAUGGCUUGAAUUACACUACCAGCGGGCCGUACUGUUAUCUAAUGGUGUUCUUUUAACCAACAUGCGACGCCCUGCUCUGUUCUUCUGACCUGAUAAAGAGCCAAUACCCCGGUCGGUUUGGAUUAAUUUUCUGCGCAUCAUUUGGACGGCCGUCUCUAGAAUGGAGCACAUCAGAACACCAAAGGUGGAAAAUGUCCGCAUGUUUGAUAAACUGACCCCCAGGAAGUCUAUGGUGGGAACGUUAUACCUCUCCUCCACUCACACUAUAUUUGUAGAGAACUCGGAGGCCCGCAAAGAGACCUGGAUUCUGCACAGUUUGAUGGGUAAUGUGGAGAGACUCCCGACAAAUCCAUCAGGAAGCCCUCUCAUUAUCCGCUGUAAGAACUUCCAUGUUUAUAGACUGCUGAUCCCACAGGAGAAGGACUGUGUAGAUGUGUUGGCUUCCCUCACUCGUCUUUCACAUCCAGAGCGCUAUGGAGAGCUGUUUUGCUUCUCUUUUAACCCAAACCUGGAUAAAGAGUUAAGGGAAAAGGCCUGGGCCUUCAUCGACCUGAAGGCAGAAUUCAUUCGAAUGGGAAUACCCAGAAACCUCUGGCAUGCCACGGCAGCCAAUCAUGAGCACAGAUUGUGUGACACUUACCCGUCGGAGCUGUAUGUGCCAAAGUCAGUCUCUCCUGCUGUCAUUGUGGGCAGUGCCAAGUUCCGGAGUCGAGGACGUCUUCCUGUUCUCUCCUACUACCACAGAGACUCCAGUGCAUCAAUCUGUCGGAGCAGUCAGCCUCUUUCUGGUUUCAGUGCACGCUCCUCAGACGAUGAGCAGAUGCUGCAGGCCAUCAUGAAGUCAAACCCUGUCAGCGAGUUCAUGUAUGUGGUGGACACAAGGCCAAAGCUGAAUGCCAUGGCUAAUCGUGCUGCUGGGAAGGGCUACGAGAAUGAGGACCACUACACUAACAUAAAACUGCAGUUCAUUGGCAUAGAAAACAUCCAUGUCAUGAGGAACAGCCAACAGAAGCUUAUAGAUGUUGGUGAUCUUGUGGCUCCCACCAUGAGUGAUUUCCUCUGGGGUCUGGAGAACUCUGGGUGGCUAAAACACAUCAAAGCUGUACUAGAUGCUGGAGUCUUCAUUGCAAAGGCAGUGGCGGAGGAUGGAGUGAGUGUUCUGGUGCACUGUUCAGACGGUUGGGACAGAACCGCUCAGGCCUGUUCGGUGGCUAGUGUACUACUAGAUUCAUACUACAGAACUAUCAAGGGACUGAUGGUUCUGAUUGAAAAGGACUGGGUGUCAUUUGGACACAAGUUUUCCCACAGGUACACUCAUCUUGACGGUGACCCUAAGGAGGUUUCCCCAGUUAUGGACCAGUUUCUGGAGUGUGUGUGGCAGUUGAUACAGCAGUUCCCCUGUGCGUUUGAGUUCAAUGAGCGAUUCCUCAUACAGCUACACACACACAUCUACUCCUGCCAGUACGGGAACUUCAUCGGCAAUUGCCAGAAAGAAAGGAGAGACUUGAAGUUACAAGAGCGAACACACUCUUUGUGGCCGCACCUGUGGGAGAACAGGGCCGAAUACACAAACCCUCUGUACAGGACAGACCACAGUCAGACACAGGGUGUUCUGAAACCUCUCACCACUGCCUACUGCUUCAAGUUUUGGAAGGGGAUGUACGGCCGUGCAGAGAAAAGUGUGACUUCACAGUCUCCAGCCGAUUGCCUGAACGCAGUAAGGGAGGAGUCACAACAAUUGGAGGAGGAGCUUAGCACCCACCAGGAGGUACCACGGGAGACGGACGCUGGACAAGAGAAUUGUCGAGCUGAAGGAGAAAACUUCAGGGGAGAGGAAGGAGACCAAGAAGUUGUCUGAACGGGCCCGCCGUCCAAUUCCAAGCGAGUGUGAACUCAGCAGCCCACUGGACUAUUUCACCACACUGAGAAGUGAGAAACACACUCCUCCUUUCACACUGCCACUAGAGCUAGCAGCCCAACCUAAAAGUGGUGACCCCGAUGACC